AUGUCUGGAUUCUGGAAAUUUGCGAACAACUACUCGUCGCCAGUGACAAAGCUACUGGAAUCCGACUUCAGCUUGGACCAGCUACUGGAUGAACAAGAUUUGCUUUCGGAGUUACUGGGUUCCAACUCAAGACUAAUUGAAUAUCUGAGAGAGCCGCAUGUGCUCGAGCAGUUGGUUGAGCUAAUCGUUGAAGACGAUGAUUACCAGCAAGAGCAAGUGAGACUUAAGUUCGAAAAUGAGGAGGAUAGCGACUUUGAAACUGUUGCAAAACCAAAUCUUGAGACCAUCGAGCAAAAUCCCCAUCGAUCCGAAAUUGAAUCGACUGAGCCGGAAAAUGCGGAUGUCAAGCCUGAAGAGCAGGCCGAUCCAGUCGAUCCAACAGAGGAAGAAGAGACGACGGAGGCUGAGAUUAAUGAAAAGGAUCCAAAUGAAACAGAUUCGGAUUCUGACUCCGAGUACGACUCCGGUGAACUGUCAAAAUAUGAUUCCAGCGAUGACAAUGACCUCAACGGCGAUGACAAUGAUCUCGAAGACCAGGAAGAAACGGCAGCCGAGGCCCAUUCACGUCGGGCCCAGGUAGCUGCUGAGAUUCUAAGCGCCGACGUGUGGUCCAUCACUGACGAGUUUAUGGAAAAAUCAGCGCUGCUGGAUAACCUGUGGACCAUCCUGGACAAGCCAGCACCGCUGCCGAUGUUCUCUGCAACAUACUUUAUGAAGAUUAACGAACACUUACUAGACAUGAAGAUGGACGAGAUGAUCCAGUUCAUUCUGCAACAGCCGCAGCUAGUGGAGAGAUUCAUGAGACAUAUAGACACUCCUCCGCUGAUGGACUUCCUACUGAAAGUGAUUUCGACGGACAAACCGGAUGCUUCGACAGGUGUGAUAGAUAUACUCCAGGAACAAAGACUUAUUCCUGGUUUGAUCGAUCAUCUUGGUCCAGAUAUCCCCUCUACGGUUCAAUCGGCUGCUGGUGACUUCUUGAAGGCUUUCAUCACCAUUUCCGCAAAUUCCAACACGGAUAACACCACAAUUGGUCCCAACGAACUGAGCCGAGAGCUUGUUUCUGAGCCAAUGGUGCGCAAACUGGUUGCCAUGAUGCUGAACGGGGGAACUGGCUUAUCGAAUGCAGUUGGAAUUGUCAUUGAGAUAAUCAGGAAGAACAAUUCAGAUUAUGAUUUUGUGCCUGUUCUCUACACUACUAUUGAAUCACACCCUCCCACGCUACGUGAUCCAAUUUACCUCGGAACUUUAGUGAAAGUUUUCGCUGAGGCUAUCCCAGAUUUCACUGAAAUGCUUGGAAAGAAGGUGCAGCGCAUUUUGGAGACUCCGUUCGGAACUAUUGAGCCUUUGGGCUUUGAGAGAUUUAAAAUCUGUGAGCUUGUGGCUGAACUAUUGCACUGCUCUAACAUGGCACUUCUCAAUCACGAAGACGGUGAACCGACGGUGCGUGAACGCGAUACCGAAAGAGACAGACUCAAGGCAUUGCAGAAAGAAUCUUUGAAAGAUCCUAGCUCCCCCAAAUCAGUUGCUUCUACCGAUGACGAAAUCUCCAGGGAUAUUGGCAAUUUGAGUGUGGCUGCUGACACUGAAGUUGGUGAGAUUAUCAGCAUUGAUACCGAGAAUGUGGUGGAAGGAGUUGAAGCCGAAUCAACCGGAGAACAGAGUGUCACAGAUGAUGAACCCUCUCAAGAUAUUAUUGGUGACAAGAUUCGCGGAAGUCCUGUCGUUGGUGAUAAGCUGAAAAUAGCCCUUUACGAUAGCAAUGUGAUCAACGUGAUUUUGAACAUGUUCUUCAAGUUUCCAUGGAACAAUUUCUUACACAACGUGGUCUUUGACAUAGUUCAGCAGAUUUUGAACGGACCAAUGGAUCUGGGAUACAAUAGGUUCUUGGCUACUGAUUUGUUCACCAGGGGUGCAAUUACGCAGUUGAUUAUAGAUGGCCAGAAGAGAUGUGAUGACUAUGAAGAACAGACCGGGUUGAGACUCGGUUAUAUGGGCCACCUCACUUUGAUUGCAGAAGAGGUGGUGAAGUUCACAACGAUUUAUAUCGACGAAGCAAGCUUCAGCACUGUGCGUGAUGCUGUCACGCUUUCUACGUGGCAGUCUUACGUCUAUGAGACUUUGGUGCAGACACGGGAGAAGUACAACUCAAUUCUGGGCGAUACUGUUGUUGAGCAGGAGGCUGGGGACUCAGAGGAUGACGUUGGCGAUUCGCUGAUAAUGGAACCCGAAAACGACGAUGAUGACGAAGAAGGAGAAUCACGUCGUGAGGAUGAAUACUAUGACUAUGAUGACGAAGAGUUUCAAACAGUUGAACACGAUGAUCAGGCUUUCGGUGUAGCAGGUGACGAAUACUACAGCUCUGGUGCCAAUGAGGAUGGAAGCCAUUCUGAUGACGAUUCUGGUGACAAGUUUUCGCGCUACAUGUCUCAACAAAUAACGAACAACUUCCCGGAUAAGUUUGGAUCUAGUGACGAAGACGACGAUUCAGAAGAAGAAUCGUGGCGCACUCUCCAUGCUCCACCACCUCCACAUCCACAUGCAUCCUUAGGCGAGGAAGACGACUACGAGGAUCCGAAUGAUGACGGCCAGAGCUAUGCCAAAAAGGACCAUCCCCUUUACAAAGAUGAGGAGGAAGUGUCUGAGGACUCCGAAGAUGAAGACGCCGAGGAUGAAGCUUCGGGUCAAGACCUGGGGCUUUUUAGAAGUACCAGCAAAGGCGAUAUGAACUGGGAUGUUGAUGAACAGCGCCGACUAAUUUCUACGGCCAAUUAUAUCCAGCACACUGCUUCUCAUGAUUCUCCCGUUGAGUCUGGCUAG